AUGAAUGAGCAAAUAGGUGAUGAAAAUGUUUCGUCAACAAUAUUGAAAAAACAGCUGGAACGGAUCAAAGAAAAGGAAGAAAUUCGAGAUGUGAGUGAUGAAUCAAUAGAAACGGAACUUUCGAUUCCUUGUUCACUUGAAGCUUAUGCUUCAGAAAAUGCCGAUAUGCAGUUUUGGCGUUUUGCUGCUGAAAAGUUUGCUAGUGAACUGGACAGGUUACGAACAGACAAUCUUAAUCUGGAAAAUUUGAUAAACAGCGGAAAAACUCAGUUAGAUAGCCUCAAAGAUUUGAAUGCCGAAUUGCUGGAGAAAGCGCAGUGUUUGGAUAAUGGUACUAGUGAGACAGAAUCCACUUCCUCAUCACUGUUUUGA